GUGCGCUUCCCAUAAUCCAGCACCGUGUUUGUGGCUCCUUCAGCGGGCAGAUCUCCUCCGAUUUCAGACGGAAGCAACGACCCCCGACAGCGAACUCUUCUGCUGAUUUCUUUGUUGAACUGUUUUGGCUGAGCAACGAACCGUGUAUUUCUCACUGAUGUAAAUCACUGUGGACUGUCAGUCACUCUCGGAAAGUGACGGCACCGUCACCGCGAAGAACUACUCGAAGCUAUACUGUAAGAUAUUUUGAUUAAACACAGGCUCCAUGUAGAUAUUUCAGCUGCAUGUUGAAAGUACUGGAACCCGAGAAAAGAGGAAGAGAGAACAGAUCUGAGUUAAUUGCAUGUUUUCAGAUUUUUUUUGCCUGAAGGAAGAUAAAUACUCCCGCAAUUAAAUAUAUGUUUUUAAGAACGUUCCUUGUCUUCAGACAUCUCUUUGGAAGCCGGUCUGCCUGCUGCAGCUGUCUGUAAUGUGCGCUCUCCGCCAGUCGCUGUAGCCCGGAGCAGAGCUAUGACCUCCGUGUCAGCUCGGGCAGAAGCGGAGAGCUUUCCUGUGCCAUUUUGAGAAGUUCCAGGGGGUUUUAUCCUCUGUGAUCCGCAGCUUUUUUUUCUAUUGAAGAGCAGAGCCUGGAAGAGGUAACGGCCCUGUCGGAACUUCUGGGUGAUUUAAAUCAAGUUUAAAAUCUAACCACUGCUUCCAAGUUGGAUGACUGACGUCGCACUCAAGGCAUGUUGCAAUCCAUCUUCUAGAACUGUGAAAAGAAGAGAUUUUUAUGAACUAAAACACGUCAGAUUAAACAUGUGUUCUGCCAGUUAUCCAAACUGGGUUACUUUUGAUGAUGAUUCUGCUUUCCAGUCACCGAAAGGGUCCUUCGAGUCAGAUAGUGGGCUCAAAGGAUUCAAAUCCAGUGGCUUGGUGUUAAGUCUUUCCUCUCAACAUGAAACAGCCUGGAGAUCUGCCUCUGAAAGUAGCACACCUCUUUCUCCACAUUGCACAAGUUUUCCUUGCACCCCAAUUUAUGGGCCUCAGACACCGAUUACACAGAGCUCACCCAAGGAUAACUACUUAUUUAAGAUAGAGGAACAAUCACAAACCAAUCACUUCCAUUCACACAACAAUGAGAAUGGAUACAGCAACCCUUUUUGGAAUCAGAGAUGUAUUUUAUGGACUGAUGCUGCUCAGUGUGAAAAAGAGAGUAACCACCCUAGUAAAACAUCAGGCAUUAAUGCAACAAACACUCUUCUUCAUGGAAACCAUCCACCAAAGGAAAUAAAAGGACACCAUCAAGUUCAGAGCAAUUCCCCGCUGAUGGCCCUUUGCCAAAAGCUUGAAAAAAUACAAGCAGAGGACUUACAUUUGUCACAGAGUUCAUCAUCAGGAAGCAAGCUGCUAAAUACACAAAUGUCUUCAUCUGUUGGUAGAGAUCUCUUCAGACACGAAUGCAAAGAUGGUUGGCCUUUAAUGAUGAGGAUCCCUGAAAAGAAGAACAUGAUGUCUUCUCGUCAAUGGGGUCCAAUCUAUCUCAAGCUCUUGGCUGGUGGUAUUUUACAAUUAUAUUAUGAGCAAGGCCUUGAAAAGCCCUUUAAAGAAUUGCAGUUGCAACCUUACUGCAGGCUCUCAGAACCCAAACUGGAGAACUACAAGGAAUCAGGAAAAAUCCACACGGUGAAGAUUGAACAUGUGUCGUACACAGAAAAACGCAAGUAUCAUCCAAAACCUGAAGUCCUGCAUGAGGCAGAGAUUGAGCAGGUGUUGAAGUUUGGAACGACUGACUAUAGGGACAUCACAGACUUCAUUGCUGCAGUUGAAGAGGAACUAAUGAAGCUGCCUCUCCUAACACAGCGAAGGAAGAUCUACGAAGAGCAAGAAAUGACACUCGAGAUAACAGAUCACUUCUGGGGAACAUUUACAAAGGAAGGAAAACUCUUCAAAAAUUCAGUGAUGACUCACAUUCAUUGUUUGUGCUUCAUUAAUGGCAAUGUUGAAUGUUUCUUAACUCUUAAUGACUUACAGCUUCAAAUUAAAGACCACAGUUACUUAAAAAAUGAUAUGGAUAGCACAUGGAUUCAGAUCUGUGAUUACCGUGUUCAUAAGUGUGUGAAAGAAAAUGAGUUUGAGAAAUCCAGAAUCAUUAGAUUUACUCCUCCUGAUGCCUGUAGAGUGGAGCUGAUGCGAUUUAAAACAGUCUGUGAUAAUCCUGAGCUUCCCUUUUUGCUAAAGGGUCUGGUCACAGUUCAUGGAGCCUACACAGAAUUGCGGGCAUUUCUAGUCAUGUCCUCUGCUUAUUCCAAUCUACAAAACAUGCUGCCUUCCAAGUACUGUGAAAAUGUGAUGAUACGCUUUCCUAUUCCUUUGGCUUGGUCCAAAAUAUUUCGUACUGUGCACCUCUUCCGACAGAAGUCCUUGAAGGCUAAAAAGAAUCGGAAUGCUCGACUUGGCUCUGUUAGCACAUCAGGUGGUGAGCCAGUUAUGCAAGUCACCAUUGGCACUGCUAAGUACGAACAUGCUUUCAGGGCAAUUGUCUGGAGGAUUGAUAGCCUACCUGACAAGAAUGCAGCAUCUGACCAUCCACAUUGUUUUUCUUGCAAACUUGAGCUGGGUUCAGACCAGGAAAUACCUUCGGAAUGGGAGCCAUUUGUCGCUGUGGAAUUUGAGGUGCCUGAUUCAUCAGCUUCCAAAGCGAAAGUGAAGUCAUUUGGCACAGGGAGUGACAUCCAGCCAGAGAAACGCAUUCACCUAAAAGCUCGAUACCAUUACCAGCAAAGACUUUAUAAAUCUGUUAUUGAGGACGUCAUCAACAAUGUACAUGAUUUUUUCCUUGAAGAAGGCAUUGAUGAUCAUGUUCUUAAGGAUCUAAAGCAGCUUUGGGAGAGCAAGCUUCUCCAAUCCAGAGCUGUGGAAGGCUUUUUCAGGGAGAAUAAUCACCAGCAGAUCAUGCUAGAACUUCAUCAGAAGACUCAUCAAACUCUACACACGUCCUCAGCUUCUGUUGUGAUUCCUGCUGGUAGAAGUGUUCAGAAUUUUACAUCUGCAGAACUUAACUCUUCAGGAACAUCAACUACUCUUGCACUACCCUCUGGCAUUAGUAUUCCAAUCCAGGUCCCUGCUGGAAUUACUUUGCAGACUGCUUCAGGUCAUAUGUAUAAGGUCAAUGUACCAGUUAUGGUAACCCAAGGUACUGCUGGUCAGAAAUAUUUCCAGCAGCCUGUUCACCACAUCAUUCAUCAAGUAAACACAGUUACAGGGCAGACGGCACUAAUCCAGCAAAACUCUGGUCAAACACACGUCAUUCAACAGUCUUCCCAAGAUCAAGCAUCUAUGGUGCAGCAAUCCAAUUCAGAUCAAGUUUCUUCACAUCAACAGUUGUUGACAAACCAACCUUUCGAUAUAGCUGGCCAGUCCAUUCUGCAACAACCUGGCAUGUCACGACAUGUGUAUAUUCAACAACAGGGUGCAAUGAAGCAGGUUGUUUUACAACACUCUGGGAUGGGAGUACAGGCAGGACCUCACCUAAUUAUUCAGAGGCAGCCCAUAGCAAAUACAGGAACAAUAACACAGCAGCAAUUUGUGACCACACAACCAGCAAGGCUAGAGCAGUCUGUUGAAGAGCAAGCAGUCUCAAGCCAGACUCAACAUUCAGAGAGAAUUCCUCGAGUGCCUACACUUGUAGUUCAAAAUCCGGCAUCUGAGCAAAAUGAAGCAAAGAACAUAUCGCAGUGUGUUUCUGAUCAGUGUGCAAUUCAACAGUUUGCACCCCAGGUAAAUGAGACAAUGUUAAUGGUUGCAGCAACCUCAGAGGAACAACAGGUCAUGGGUGAAACAUCAUCCAUCCCACAACUGGAUGGGACCAAUGAUACUUCUUCUGAUGAAGAAAUUGGUAACCUAAGAGAAGUGGAAGAAAAUGAUCUACUUGGAAUUAUUGAUGCGGAAGACCUGAAAGCCCUUGAAGGUUAUGAUGAAGAUAAUAGUUCCAGUGAUGACUCUUCCAGUGAUGACAGUGAUGAACAACCAAAAGAAGAAAUUCGAGAAGAAGAUCCUUUAAAUUCAGGAGAUGAUGUGAGUGAACAGGAAGUGCCUGACCUAUUUGAUACAGAAAAUGUAAUUGUUUGCCAGUAUGACAAGAUUCACAGGAGUAAAAACAAGUGGAAAUUCUAUCUUAAGGAUGGAAUAAUGACUUACAAUGGGAGAGAUUAUGUGUUCUCUAAAGCUGUUGGGGACGCAGAAUGGUAGGAGUGAAAAAGUUCAAUGAAACAACGUGACGUCCAUUGUGAGAGGCCUUUACAAAUGACUUGAAUAGAUUGGUGGCUUUCUACUUCCCAUUCCCAUCAUUUAGUUUGAAAGAUGUUUCUUCAGGUUAUUCUUUUGACUUCAUCGAUAUUUCACAUACUUGUGGUAAAAUUGAUCAGGACCUGCUUAUGAUGCAAGUUCUUUCAAAAUAGAUUGUGACUUAACUGGCUAAUAAUAACAAAACUUCUUAAAAUAAACAAAAGCACAUGCAUUUGAGUGUAAUAAGAGGCUAAUUAUAUUAUACAGUACAGUGUUACAGGAAAAUUUGUAUAAAUAGCAGUAAACUAGUAUUAUGCAAAAUGUCACAUCUUGUGGGGAAAUAAAAUUAAAAUAAAUAAGAGAUGCCAGUACAAGGAGUGUCUUUUGAAGAGAUAUUAGCCACUGAGUAAAAAUAGGGCCCAAAUUGAGGGAUAAUUUCUUGAGUGGGUAUUUUCUAACCAAUUUUCACCCGAAAGACACAACAGGAUUUAGUAGUUUUAUAAAUGUAAAAUAUCCAUUUGACAAGCAUUCUUUAAUAAUAGAGCACUAGCUUAAAAGGAACACUGGCAGGGAUUUGCCCUUCAUGUGUUUGGAAUAUUUAUUUAAUGGAAAAGUGCACAAUAGUUUUCUUAUUAGGGUGCUCUCAUUAGGAUAGAUCUAUUGUGUUUUGCAGAAGCACUGUGAAGACAGUUUUUUUGCCGUAAGUCCAGAACUGAUUAAUUUUUCCAUGCAGAAUACUAUAUUAGGAGGCAUUCCACAUCUCUAAGUUAGGUUUUGAAUCAAACCUGCAGAAUAUUUAUUGAAUCAUUUGUGUAAUGCUAUGCUGAACAAGAAAUUGUAUAACAUUGACCUUUUGUUUGUCAAAGGAUGUAAUUGUAUAACAUUGACCUUUUCUUUCAAACUAGCUUUUUCCUUUUUGUCUUCCCCUAACAUCUUCUGGUUUCAUUGCGCCAUGCAGCCAAGAGAGCACAUUACCCACCAUCUGUGCUAGAUCAAAAGAAACAGGCAUUUAGCAGGUAAUGACUGUUGACCCUCUUCUUUCUCAUACUUUCUUGUACCUAGAAUUAAUUUCCCAUAAAGGUGUGGCAUAGAUUGAUGUUUUGCUGAUGUUAUGGAUUUGUUUAUAAUUGUUCUUGGGUGUGGACUUUGGCAAUGCUGGUACUUACGUUCCAUCCCUGAUUGCCCUAAUAAGUUCUACCACUGUAGCUCAGCAUUUGCUUUUCCAAGACUGGAUCAUAAAAUGACAAGAGCAUAUUUGUGAUUUCCUUUUUGUCUUUUUAAAAGCAGUAGUGCUGUGAUCUUGCGUUGAAAAUGACAUUCGAGAUAUGAUACAUGUUGCUUGUUGACUGUCCCACCAUGGUUUGCUAUUUUUUUCCAACAUAAUUACUAUUAAUGUUAUGAUCAUUUUGGUUUUGCUUCAUUUGUUGAUCAUUUGUAAAUCAUUGCCCUUGGGAAAUACCAGAAAAAAAAUUAUAUUUGUGUUCUAUUUUAGUGAACAAAGUAUUCAGAAACAAUAAAAACUGGAAAUUUCUUC